AUGGGGGAUAGUCAUCAAGUUGAUUACUUCCAAAGAAGAGCAAGACCCUGGGGUAUUUCACAAAGGCGAUAUGAUAGUUGGCCUCAACAAGUCAGGCCCAGCAUUCAUCUGUCAUCACGCCAGGACCAAGAUAGAGACAUGGCAAUGAGUGAUGCCCACGUGGGCCCUAGAGUAAGAUACACACCCUAUGCCAUCCCAACCUACUAUCGCGGAGGCAGUUGUCACAGAGGAGACCCAACCCAUGGGAAUAUGGAGAGAGACAGGAAACCUCCACAGGAAGCAAUGGAGGGGAACAGGCAGGAUGGAAGCUCCAGAAGCUGGUUCAAGGUCACAAUUCCAUUUGGCAUAAAAUAUGAUGAGAAGUGGCUGCUGGAUUUGAUCCAGAGCCAAUGCAGUGUCCCCUUCAAUCCAAUCGAGUUUCACUAUGAGAACAUGCAGGCCCAGUUCUUUGUGGAGAAUGCCAGCAUUGCCUUCGAGUUGAAGAAAGUCAGUGGCAAGAUUUGGGAUGAAGAAAAUGAAAGUAUAUCCAUCUUUGUCAGCCCCUGUGCCGUACCCCACUCUGUGCAGAAGGAUCUGAAGUUAGAAACGGUGAAACUGCUGAAGGUGACCAAUAACAAAGGAUAUGAAGUCCCCCAGCAAGCUCUUGAUCUCCGGAAAGUCCACUCCGACCCAAACGUGAUGACCCAUAAUAUUGAAAUGAGGCCAAAUCUUAGAAACUGCAUGGCUACCUCCCUGUGGAUCCAUGAAGAGAGCAGGACCAAGCUUUUGUCCUUCAACUCGAGCAGCUAUACAUCCUACCAGCUGGUUGCCCUGCCCAACACCAUGCAGAAGGGCCCCAACCUCAAGAGCAUGAACCUCUCUAAAAAUGAUGUGAAGUCCGAAGGGGAGUUGGACAAGGUCAAAGGGCUGGAGCCAGAAGAGAUGUUUGCAGACAAAAACCCUCUGUGCACCACCUUCCCAGAUAAGUCCACCAACAUAAGCUCCAUCCUGGAAUUGUUCCCCAAGUUAUUAUGCCUGGAUAACCAAGAGGGACCCCCACCCAUUGUCUUUGGCACUGAAGCCUCCAAGAAGUUACCAGUCUGCAAGGGGAGCAUCUUCGGAUCUGAGACCCUGGGGAAUCUAAUCUUACUAUUCCUGCACCAGUAUUACUGCGUCUAUGACUACGGGGACAGGCAUGGCCUCCUGGAUGCUUACCACAAUGAGGCCUGCUUCUCGCUGGCCAUUCCCUGCAACCCUGAUGACCUAGUUCCAAACAGCUUAGACAAAUACUCCAAGGGGAACAGGAAUAUGAGGAAGCUCAAGGACCCCAUCCUGCGGGUUCAGUUGCUGAAACACAGAAAACAUGACAUUGUUGACUUCCUCAGUGUGUUGCCCAGAACCCACCAUGACAUCAGCUCCUUGGUGGUGGACACGUGUGUCCAGACGGAAAAGAUGCUCUGCUUUUCUGUCAGUGGGGCCUUCAAGGAGGUGGAAGGAAUGUCUCCAGCUCAUGUCCGUGCCUUCACCCGGACCUUCAUUGCUGCUCCUUCCAGCAACUUUAGCCUGUGCAUCGUGAAUGACCAACUGUGUGUGAGGGAUAGCAGCCCCAUAGAGACCCAGGGUGCCUUCUUCACCCCAGUGCCCACACCCUCCAGCUCCCUACCCACGCUCUCCCAGAAGCAGAAGGAAAUGGUGCCAGCGUUCACUGCCCAGUCUGGGAUGAACCUUGAGUGGCCUCAGAAGUGCCUUCAUAGCAACAACUGGGACUACACCAGAGCCUCACAAAUUUUCACUCUGUCCACUCUCCGAACAUCAUAUCCUCUUCCUUCUCUCCUGCUUCUCUGCACUGCUUGCCUACUGCCGGCCUCGCUGCUGAGUGACACCUGCCUGGAUGCUUGGACCCUGCCCUGCACCAGCCCCAGCGUAGCCACACUGUUUGCCAAACCCCCAAGCAGCACUGGAGCCAACCUCUGGAUCCCCGGACCCCGCCCUACACCGUCCCUCGGCCCCUCUGCACCAAGCACCACCCACCCCCAGCAGAAUCCGGGCGAACCUCCGGACCUCCGGACCCUACCCCGUGCCACUUCCCGGCCCCGCCCCAUCGAGCGCUACACCCUUGAAAAGCACUGGCACAGAGCCCCAGGCCCAGGGUCCCCGCCCAAGGACGCUCCAGGCCCCCUUGCGCCAAGCACUAUGCACCCUAGCGGAAUUGUCAGAGACCUCCGAACCACAGGAUCCUGCCCCAAACCGCCCCUUGGCAGCCGCCUGCCAAGCACUGUGCCCUCGUGCAGGACCGGUGUGGACCCCAACCUCAGUCUGUGCCACCCCCUGGCCCCACCGCACCAUGCACAAAGGCACUGA